CUUACAGACUCAGGGUGCCCAGUGAUUUGCUGAGAUGGAGUUGGGCAAGGAGAAACCCCCAACCCAUGGCACUUUCCUCUUCUUUUUUUCCCCAAACCGUAAGUUUUACUCAUUGCCAAGGAGUAGCCAGAUGUAGAAGGAAACACCCCAGAGAUCCAGCACGAGGAGGGGCUGCAAACCCAGCCCAGGGACCUGCAUGGAGGAAAGACACGCCCCCCCCUCCCAUAUGCUAGAAAGGUGGCCAGAGAUUCAGUCAGAGCUUGGAGCUGUUUGAGAAGCCUCAUGGUGGGGAGAAGCUCCACAAGCGCUUGGAAUGUGGAAAGGGCUUCAGAAAGAGUUCCAACCUGAUCCAGUACCAGGUGAUCCACACGGGGGAUCAGCCCUAUGAGUGUCCCCCGGUGUGGGAAGAAAUUUCAGACAAACUCCACUCUCCUCAAACAUGAGCAGAUUCACACAGAGGAGAGGCCCUUCCACUGCCCUGACUACAAGAAGGGCUUCAAGCAAAACUCCCACCUCACUGUCCACCAGCGCAUCCUCACCAUGGAGAGGCCCUACCAGUGUCCGGAGUGUGGGAAGAGCUUCUCAAACAGCUCUAACUUGACCCAACACCAGUGGAGGCACCACUAUAGAGCUGGGGAAGGAGGAACCCCCCAGGCCCAAGGUGCUCACUUUUUGUAUUUCCCCCCAAACCAGGAUUUUUCAUUCCCAAGGCGUGGCCAGAUGGAGGAAGAGGAAAAGCCCCAGAGAUCGGACACGAAGGAGGCCUGCAAACCCAGCCCAGCGAAGGAGGAAAGACCCUCCCAAUCCCACGAAGGUGGCCAGAGAUCCAGCCAGAGCUCAGAGCUGGUGGAGAAGCCUCAGGGUGAGGAGAAGCCCCACAAGUGCUUGGAAUGUGGGAAGGGCUUCAGCCGGACUUCCCAUCUGAGGGAACACAAGAACAUUCACGCAGGGGAACGGCCCUAUGAGUGUGGGGAAUGUGGGAAAGGCUUCAGCCAGAGCUCCCACCUGAGCCAGCACCAGAAGAUCCACACUGGGGAGAAGCCCUAUGAGUGUGGAGAAUGUGGGAAGGGCUUUGUACGGAGCUCCCAGUUGAGGGAACACCAGAGGAUCCACACUGGAGAAAAGCCCUACCAGUGUGGGAAAUGUGGGAAGAGCUUCAGCUGGAGCUCCAGCUUGAUCCAGCACCAGGUGAUCCAUACUGGGAAACAAGCCUAUGAGUGCUUGGAAUGUGGAAAGAGCUUUGGGUGGAGCUCUGCCCUGAGAAACCACCAGCUCGUCCACUCUGGGGAGAAGGCCUAUGAGUGUCCGGAGUGUGGGAAGAGGUUCUCCAGGAGCUCUAACUUGACCCAACACCUACGGAGGCACCAGUAAGGGAAGCCCUGCAAGUGCCCCGAAUGCAGGAAGCACUUCGUUCGCUGCUGUAUCUGCAUCCCCCAUGGGAGGAUGGGUGUUGGAUGAUCCCCAGUGACCCCUGUUGGGCAGAGCCCUGGUGAUCCCUGUUCUGGGUGAUCCGUGUUGAGUGGGAGGAAAGUGUUGAAGAGAUUUCUUUCCCUUCUCCUUGUGCUGCUGUGAUUUGUUUGGUAAUAAAUUCGCUCCCUGUGCCCAGGCUGGGUCUGUUGUGGCCAUGCCAGUGCUCAGGGUAGGAUCUCUCCUG